CCCCAGACUAACCAACGAAUAUGUCACCCCCCAAGCCUACUAAGUCUCAUAAUCUCUUUCGAUGUGGCCAUCCAGGUUGUGGUGCAGCAUAUCAGCGAAGAGAACACUUGAAGAGGCAUAUUGUGCGUCAUAACGAAGGAGAACGCUUCUCGUGUCCUUACUGUGAGAGUACUUUAGCCCGGAGGAAUAUCAGCGACCUGUUACGGCGUCAUGUUCGAAAUUAUCACCCUGAGAGAAAGCCUCCACAGACUCGGGCAGUAAAGGCUUGCCAAAAGUGCCAUGCUCGAAAAGAACGCUGUGAUGGCGGACAUCCAUGCAGCCGGUGUCAACAACGGGGUUUGAGCUGUUCGCUUGAUGUCAACGCAACUGGGGACGAGAAGCAACAGGCGCUUGGAAUACAGGAGGAUCUGAGAACUGAGUUAAAUGCAUCAGUUCCCAACGCAUCACGGUGGAUCGCCCAGGAUUUCAUAGAUAUUUACUUCAGCGAAUUUCAUCCUGUCUGGCCUUUCCUUCAUAAAGGAACAUUUGACCUUACCAAGGAGCCUUGCAUUCUCAUACAGUCCAUGCUAAUGAUUGGACUAUGGAUCAAGGGUGACCGGGAGGGGCGGAAGUCGGCGAUGCAUUUCCAUCACAAAUUGCUGUCUGCUAUACAGGCACAAAAAUCCCGGUGGCAUGUGUCGGAGUCAACACCACAGCAUAUCGAGAUGAAACCUUGGCAGAUGCCGACAUACCAGAGCAUUCUUCUCCAGCUUAUAUUUGCUCUGCUCAUAGUUAAGCAGGAGGCGACUUUUGACCUGAACCUUCGUUGUCACCUACCAUCAUCCAAGUACGAACUACUCACAUCGCUCGUGGAAACCUGUCGGCAGCUGGGAUUGUUCUCGUAUCCGAAUAUGCUAGCUCAGCAUCCCCUUGAUGCGCCAGUAGCUCUCAUCUGGGUAAGUGUGGAAGAAGCUAAGCGAUUCGGGUUGGCCCUUUAUAAGUUAUGUCGGCUAUGUGGGCCAAAACAGCUAGUCGAUUCUGAUGGACAAAGUCACGGUGGCUCACAAAUGAGUGCACUUCUUACGCUCGCAGAUCUGGACUUUAGCAUGCCAGACAGUGAUGAGAUGUGGAAUGCGUCAUCGGAGGGACGGAGAAGCAUCCUACAAAAUAUGACUUUACAGCGCUCUUUUAGAGAUAACCGCGACACCAGUGGCUGGAUAUCCCAAGCAUCUGCCCACUUGCACGAUGAUUAUGUUAAUUUUGAUUGGAUUUGA